AUGAUUAUUAAUUUUGCACGUUUCUGCGGUUUAUCAACCAAAAAUAAAAUCUAUCAUGGCAUUAACAAUUUAUAUUUAGUAGAACGAUUUAUUAAACAGACGCGUCCAUUCGCAACCCAGAAUACAUCAAAACAACAACAUCUAAAUCAUCGUUAUGUAUUGAUUGAACGACCAGUUAACCGUAGUGUUCAAUUAACUGAUUUUUCUUUAACAACAUCUCCAAUAAGUGAAUUAAAUUCAAAUGAAGUUUUACUUAAAACAUUAUGGUUAUCACUUGAUCCAUAUAUGCGUGGCCGUAUGAGUGCCGGAAAAUCUUACGUUCAACCAGUUGGAAUAGGAGAAGUAAUGGUGGGACAAGGAGUGGCAGAAGUGGUCAAAUCAAAUGAUCCAAACAUUGUUCCUGGUCAAAUUGUUUUGGCAGAUGUUGGUUGGCAAGAAUAUGCUUGUUUAUCAUCGAAAGAUAUCAUUCCUAUUGAUAAUACUAAUACAUCAUUUCCAUUAUCUUAUUAUCUCGGUUGUUUGGGAAUGCCUGGAAUGACAGCUUAUUUUGCUCUUCAAGAAAUUGGACGUCCAGAAAAAGGUGAAACAGUUUUGGUUAGUGCUGCAUCCGGAGCUGUUGGACAAAUUGUUGGACAAAUUGCUAAAUUAAAAGGUUGUACGGUUAUUGGUAUUGCUGGUGGGAAUGAAAAGUGUACUUAUAUUACUAAAACUCUUGGAUUUGAUAGUGCAAUAGACUAUAAAAAUAAAUCGGUAAAACAGUUAACAAAUGAAAUAAGACAUUUAGCUCCAAAUGGAAUUAAUAUUUAUUUUGAUAAUGUUGGUGGUAUAAUACAUGAUUCCGCAAUGUUAAAUCUUGCUAUUCAGGGUAGAGUUAUUAUAUGUGGUGUUAUAAGUACUUUUGAUCAAUUAGAAAGUGUUGACAAUGGACCACGUUGGAUGCGUAUACUAUUAAUUAAAAGAGCUCUAAUGCAAGGUUUUCUUGUAACAGAUUAUGAACAUCGACGAAAUGAAUUUUUGAAUGAAAUGAAAUCAUGGUUGGAAAAUGGUCAACUAAAAUAUAGGGAAGAUAUUGCUGAAGGGCUUCAAGCAACUCCACAAGCAUUUAUCGGUAUGUUACAAGGUAAAAAUCACGGAAAACAACUCGUACGUAUUGCAGAACAAACGGUCAGAAGCUAG